GUACGUGGGGAAAAAAAUACACCACUUUAAGCGCCCACUCGCCGAGGAGCGCGUCGGAAUCCGUACCAUCAGUUGAGUUCCACGUACAAGCACUCGGUGCACGGGAAAGCCUAUAAACCAGAAUAGACUUUUCGUUUACUCAGACAGUAGAAAGCCUUCUCCACAGCUCCACUACACACCAUUUUUCCGAGGGUUUUUGCUGGUUGCCGAAGUUUGUUUACAGUGCACGAAUCAAUGGCGUCUCCUUCGGCGCCGUCCUCGUCUUCUCCGACGCCGUCCUCUUCUUCGACGCUCUCCGCGUCUCAGUCGAGUUUCUCCGAACUUCCGGUGGCGGCGAUGCGAAGUAAGAUUGUCGAGAAGAUUUUGGAGAACCGCGUCACUCUUAUCGUCGGCGAAACCGGCUGCGGAAAGAGCUCCCAGAUCCCACAGUUCCUACUGGAUGAAAGUAUAGAGCCCAUACUUUGCACACAACCGAGGAGAUUUGCUGUUGUAGCUGUUGCUAGAAUGGUGGCAAAUGCUCGCAAUUGUGAAAUAGGCGGAGAGGUUGGGUACCAUAUUGGUCACUCACGGGUCUUCUCAGCUAGCUCCAAAAUUGUUUUUAAAACAGCUGGGGUUUUGUUGGAUGAGAUGCGAGAGAAGGGAUUCAAAGCCCUUAGAUACAAAGUCAUUGUUCUUGAUGAAGUGCAUGAAAGAUCAGUGGAGUCCGAUCUUGUUCUUGUUUGCAUAAAGCAGUUUUUACUUAGAAACAAGGACUUAAGGUUGGUUUUGAUGUCUGCCACUGCAGAUAUUUCAAGAUAUCGAGAAUACUUUAGGGAUCUUGGUAGGGAUGAAAGAGUAGAAGUGUUGGCAAUCCCGAGCACUGAGAAGAACACCAUAUUCCAAAGAAAAGUGUUGUACCUUGAACAGAUAAGUGAGCUGCUUGGAAUGGAACAUGAGAAUCUUUCUUUGAAAUACUGUUCUGCACCAAGCCCAAAGAUGGCCCAAGCUGAUCUGAAUCCUGAAGUGCACAAGCUUAUCCAUGAUUUGGUGCUACACAUUCACAAAAAUGAACCAGACAUAGAGAAGAGUAUUUUGGUUUUUCUUCCAACAUACUAUGCAUUGGAGCAGCAGUGGUUUCUCCUGAAGCCCUUUGGCGAAUCCUUCAAAAUUCACAUUUUGCAUCGAAGUAUUGAUACUGACCAAGCGCUCAGAGCAAUGAGAAUCUGGAAGUCCCGUCGCAAGGUAAUUCUAGCCACAAACAUUGCAGAGUCUUCUGUCACAAUUCCCAAAGUAGGGUAUGUCAUAGACUCCUGUCGUUCUUUGCAAGUAUUCUGGGAUGAUAGUAGGAGAACUGAUUCAGCAGAGCUUGUUUGGGUUUCAAAAUCUCAGGCUGAACAACGCAGAGGGAGAACAGGUCGGACUUGUGAUGGCAUAGUGUAUCGGAUGGUGACCGGUUCCUUCUUUGGUCAACUAGAUGAUUAUGAAUCUCCAGCAAUUCUGAAGUUAUCAUUACGGAUGCAAGUACUUCUCUUAUGCUGUGCUGAAUCCAAAGCUAUUAACGAACCUAAAGUAUUGUUACAGAAAGCCUUGGAUCCUCCAGAGCCUUUCAUUAUUGAGGAUGCCCUAGAUUUGCUGGUUCAUAUGCGUGCAUUGGAGAAAGCAUCUUCUAGGGGACGUAAUGAGCCUACCUAUUAUGGACGCCUGCUAGCCAGCUUUGCUUUGUCAUUUGAUGCUUCUGUCCUUGUUCUCAAAUUUGCUGAUAUUGGAAUGGUACGUGAAGGCAUUCUAUUUGGUAUAUUGAUGGAUCAACAGCCUCUGCCCAUUCUGCGUCCUUUUGGUCUGGACAAUCAGUUCGCGGAGUAUGCUGAUAAUUAUUAUAGUGGAAAUAGUAAGAGUUCUGGGCUUGGUCGGAAGGAGGUGUCAUACAUGGGCAACUUCUGUGCAUAUCAGUUUUGGCAAUGUGUUUUGAAGGACAAAUUCCGGGUUAAACGCCUCAUAAGCAUCUUUAAGCCAGAUGAAGCAGUAGAUAUGGAUCUUCAGAGUCAGGAAGAGUGGUGUUCAUAUCACAAUCUUGUCCUACCUGCUCUCAAUCAAGUUACUGAGACAUAUCAUGAUAUCCUGAAUUUGGUGCACCGUUUUCGACCCAAGUUUUUGGCGAUGUCUAAUAGUAUACCAAUUCAUUAUGACCCUUACGACUUUCAGCAUUCCUGUAAUCUCAAAUUUAUUGAGAACAAGGAAGCCAAUGCUUUGGCAGUGAAGGAUGAAGAGCUUGAGCAUGAUAAUUUAACAAGGAUAUGUGGUGCUGUUCCCUUUGUCGGACCCUAUGACUUUCAUGCAGAUGAGGUGGCGAGAAAGUUUGCAUCUAUAGUCAAAGAGAUGAGAAUCCAUCUUACUGAAGACGUAUCAAGGGAACAGAAUACGUUUACUUACGAUAAUGGACAAUAUACUGCUGGGGGCGCAGCACUGUGUAGAUAUUUUGUCAGUGGCUCGUGCAACAGGGGUAGCCAAUGCUCGUUUUCUCAUUUUCUUCAAGCAAAAAGACCCAUCUGCAAAUUCUUUUUCUCAUUGCAGGGGUGCCGCUCUGGGGAUUCAUGUUUCUUUUCUCACGAUGCUGGCUCCUUAGCUAUAUCUGCUAGUCAAUCGAGUUUGUGUCUCCCAGAAGAUGAAGAUGUCAAUGAAGAAUUCCUUCUGCAAUUCUUCCCUUCAUCUUCAGAUGGAUGUGUGCUACUAUUGGAUGACAUUAAACUUCAUUUUUCUUCAUAUCUUGUUCAUCAAUAUGCCCCUUCCUGUAUAAUAUCCACCACUUCUGAGACAAAUCCCUUCCCUAUCGAUCCUUCGAUGGCAAGCAUAAAGGUUCUGUGGGGACUUGGCCACCCUUACCAAACGAUCAUGUCUACAGAAGCGAACAAUCUGAUUCCAUGGAGUGAAGUCAAAUGUGUGCUCUGGUUUCCUAGAUUUGGUCCUGAAUAUGGAGAAGGACACCUGAAGAAACUGGUACAAACUUUUUUCAGCUAUCUAGCCAUCCGGAUCUUGGCAGAUGCCCUGCAGGAAGUGCGAGUUAUCCUGACCAUGAACAAUAUGCGAUUUUCGAACUUAGAGGUGGAAAAACUGGCUAGGGAAAGCUUUUUCUUUCUUAAAGCAUCAGUUCAGUUUGACGAAUCAAGCUUUGGGAAGUUGUUUGAUGAGGUGACCACGAAAAAGUCAAUGCUGGUAUCGAAGCCUAUUUCUUACAUUUUUGAACUGUAUCCGCCCCGAGACACCCAGUAUGCUGAUUAUAUUAUGUCACUCCACCAGCAGCUACAUGGUACAGUUAGUUGAUACAUGCUAGUAGACUGCAAGUAGUUUCUUUUAACGAUGGCUGAUUGUUUCAGAGGUCUCAACAGUUUUUGAAGCAUUUCAUAUCUAGUAAUAUGCUUUUAUCGAAAAACAUUGAAUUCUAAA